UGACAAUUGGGUGAAUUUAGUUAGCUUUCCAGCAAUCAUGCCACUAACUGCGGAAUCGGCUGCACAGCAGAUUCAAGAUCGCUUAAAAGCAUUGCAAUCACUAAUACAUGAUAUAGAGGAUGAAAGAAGAAGGAACGAAGCAAACAUAAAUAGUAUAUUGCGUGCACAGGAGAAACUAAAUUAUGAUGAUCGAACAACAAGCAAAGUAAUGAAAAAUCUUCUUAAAACAGGAUUGCAAGAUGCUGCUGAAGAAGAAGCAUUAAUACGUGAAGCUCUGUUAAAAAUCCAAGAUAUUAGAAACAUACGCCAUGAACGGCGAAUUCAAGCAAGAAAUGCUGGUAACAAGGAAACUAUAAGACGCGGAGCUUUAAUGAAAAUGUUACAAAUAUCUGCUCAAACACUACCAUUAUUUGUCAGUAAACCAUCAGAAAAAGUUCCUCCAUUAUGCGGUGCUGUACCCGCUGAAAGCAAUUAUAUCGCAAAACCUGGUGAUAUGGUAGCAGCUUUGGUUAAGGGAGUAGAAGAUGAAGAAAAUUGGAUUUUAGCUGAAGUUGUGCAAUUUAUGAGCGGGCAGAAUAAAUAUGAAGUAGAUGAUAUUGAUGAGGAGCAAAAGGAUCGUCAUAUACUCAGUAAAAGAAAAAUAAUACCAUUGCCAUUAAUGAGAGCUAAUCCUACGACGGACGGGCAUGCAUUAUUUUCAAAAGGAACAAUGGUUAUGGCAUUAUAUCCACAAACCACUUGUUUUUAUAAAGCUAUUGUUAACAAAUUACCAGCAAGCGCAACUGAAGAAUAUGAAGUUUUAUUUGAAGAUGCUUCAUAUGCUGAUGGUUAUUCUCCACCACUUUCAGUUGCACAGCGUUAUGUCAUAACAUACAAAUCAACAAAGAAAGUAUCAGGAGGGUUAUCAGGUACUUGACCAGAAUUGUAUUCGGAUAGCUCAACAUUUGACGAUUAAAAAAUUAAUUCAAGCUUACAGGAGCUAUUAAGUUCCAUAAUAUUUCAAAGUUAGAAUUAAAUUUCUUAGCCUUAUUUGCUUAAUUUUUCUAUUUUAACUCAAUAAUUUUAAUUAUGCUUCUAUUUUAGAAUGUGGGCUAACAAAUAUUUUGGUUUACUCUCAAUUUAAAUGAUUUACAGCACAAUUUUGUUGCAAUAUAAUUUUAUUGUUAUAUAAAUUGAAGAGCUUAAACCUGGUUUUUAGUAAAGUUAGCCGACAAACAUACUUGUUUUUGAUUGGUCUUGAAAAUAAAUAUAAGAAUGUAGUAAUGAAUAGGUAUUUUAUCCAUGAGUAGAUAU